GUGCUGUCGGCUUCCCAGUCGCCAUGAGUUGAGCAGCUUUCCUCCAUCAAGCCCUUCCACCAUGAUAUUUCUGCGUUUCCACAGGCCUAAAGUAAAAGCUGGCCUGCCAUGGACUGAAACCUUUGAAACCAUAAGCCAGAAUAAAUCUACUUUAAGUUGACUUUCUCACACUUGGUCACAAUGAUGAAAAGUGGGGCCUUUUCUGAGGUGGUUUUAGCCGAGGAGAAGGCAACUGGAAAGCUCUUUGCAGUGAAGUGCAUCCCCAAGAAGGCACUGAAGGGCAAAGAAAGCAGCAUAGAGAACGAGAUCGCCGUUCUGAGAAAGAUUAAGCAUGAAAAUAUCGUUGCCCUGGAAGACAUUUAUGAAAGCCCGAAUCACUUGUACCUGGUCAUGCAGCUUGUAUCCGGUGGAGAGCUAUUUGAUCGGAUAGUGGAGAAGGGAUUUUACACAGAGAAAGAUGCCAGCACUCUGAUCCGCCAAGUCUUGGAUGCCGUGUACUAUCUCCACAGAAUGGGCAUUGUCCACAGGGACCUCAAGCCUGAAAACCUAUUGUACUACAGUCCAGACGAGGAGUCCAAAAUAAUGAUCAGUGACUUUGGAUUGUCAAAAAUGGAAGGCAAAGGAGAUGUGAUGUCCACAGCCUGUGGGACCCCGGGCUAUGUUGCUCCGGAAGUUCUUGCCCAGAAACCUUACAGCAAAGCCGUUGACUGCUGGUCCAUCGGGGUGAUUGCCUACAUCUUGCUCUGUGGCUACCCUCCUUUUUAUGAUGAAAACGACUCCAAGCUCUUUGAACAGAUCCUCAAGGCAGAAUAUGAAUUUGACUCCCCCUACUGGGAUGAUAUCUCCGACUCAGCAAAAGACUUCAUCCGGAAUCUGAUGGAGAAAGACCCAACUAAAAGAUACACCUGUGAGCAGGCGGCUCGGCACCCAUGGAUCGCUGGUGACACAGCCCUCAACAAAAACAUCCACGAGUCUGUCAGCGCCCAGAUCCGCAAGAACUUCGCAAAGAGCAAAUGGAGACAAGCCUUUAAUGCCACGGCCGUCGUGAGGCAUAUGAGGAGGCUGCAUCUGGGCAGCAGCCUGGACAGCUCAAGUGCCAGCGUCUCGGGCAGCCUCAGCCUGGCCAGCCAAAAAGAUUGCCUGGCACCUUCCACGCUCUGUAGCUUCAUUUCCUCUUCAUCGGGGGUCUCAGGAGUUGGAGCCGAGCGGAGACCCAGGCCCACCACUGUGACCACAGUGCACACUGGAAGCGAGUGACCGGCUCGGAGGCGGACGGGGUGGGUCCAGAAGGGGCCCAGGCCACCGGGCGGGCGGUGAAGCUCCCUCGAGACCCCGCCCCGCCUGCAUGGUGCACCUUUCUGCACAGGACUGGAAGACAGAAGUUCUUUAUGGCCAUAUUUUAUACUGCAAUUCUGAAACGUUCAUUUCUCACAAGCUGUACUGAACUCAAGGGGAGCUGAAUGAAUAGGAUCUGGUGCUGUAAAUAGGAGUCUUGUGGAGCUCUCGUGGAAUGACCUUCUGUUCCUCUCUCCCGGCUCUGUUGUUUCCACUCUUCUCAGUGUAGACAGCCGUCUAGGUUGUAUUUUUUUCAUGGGAAAAAAAAAGAUUUCAACUGGAUUAUUUGAAUAUCGGUGAAUAUUGUGCAUUAGCGGUUUUUUCCUUUGAAGAAGUAUGUCUUUUGGAUCUGUAUCUCAGUUACAUGACCUUUAUUAUUUGCUCUUCAAUAGUAGUUUUAUGUUAACCUUUAAGAGAUUUUUUUUUUUCCUCCAAGGAGAAUUUAAAGGCAUUUUUUAAAAUUCUAAUAAGAGGAUGAAGACUGUCUCCCAGGCUGAGUGUACUUUACUUCUGUUCUUCCCUUCCUCUCCCCUCCCUCGGGAGGGUCAGCUCUGAGGAAGGCACCUGGGCAGCUCUGGGGGAGUCUUCUCUCCAGCUCUGGGGCAGUGUGCAGAAAACCCUUCCCCGAAGCUGCUCCAGCGAGCCCCAGGCCACCGCAGCGGAAAUGAAGACGCCUGCUCCCCGAGACCCAAGGCUGGUCCUCACCGUGAACCUGGCUCUGUGAACAGGAUACCCACAAAGCCAGGAUUCAGAGUGUCCCUCCCCCUGGGGACCAGCUGCCGUCCGUGUACGCACCUGCACGCAGCCCUCAUUUCUCUGAGGGAUAACAGAUGAAACUCUGACCUCAGCUAUGCAGUUGUAAAAUGAAUCUCUUUCUCUGUUUUUUUAAAACGCAGUUCUAAUCUUAUACUUAAAACGGCCUCCAGAACACAUGUUUCUGCACAUUUUUACCCCGCCUUGAAGAAACCAUUUCUCUGGGGGGAUGAGAAGAGGUGAGCACCAUGUGUGCAGAGCACCGGCCGAGGCAGAAAUGGCCUCCGACUGGUGCAUGAAGCCGUCAUUGACAUUGGGGGACCGUAAGGCAAAGGCCUGUGGUAGCAGGGUCACCAAGUAGCCCCAUGUGCCCGGCGCUGAACGAUUUCCCAGACUGUGGGGUGACCUGCAGCCCGAGGAAGAGCAGCCGCAUCCUUCAGCGCUUGGGCUGGGUGUGCAGUGCAGCCCCGCCAGCCCUGGAGGAGGCUGUCCCGCAGAGCCGGGCAGGUGAUGCCCCGAUCCCUCGCACCUGCCCAGCGUGCUGCGCUCUGCUCCACACAGCCUCGUGGACCCCGACCCCCUGGGGUCCCUGCUGGUACAGCGCCUGCCAUGGCAGGUUACCAGUGCUAGAAGGUCCUGUUGGGCAAAGCGUUGUCACUUCCACACUUUGCCUAUUUUAGCGAUGCCUCUGACCCUCCACAGCGCACACACACACAUGCACACACAGUGUUCAGACUCAGCAGCCCCAGCUAAGGACACAGCGCCGGAGGUGUAAGAACAGUACAGGCAGCUGACACUUGUUCCCACCUGGCUCACAGGCAGGAAUCCCGCUUGGCUUCUGUCACACAGGUAUCCGUGGUAAAAAUUCAAGCCAUCCGUCUUAAAAAUCUGCAGAAAGCCAGGAAAUGUCCAUGCAAGGACAACAGAGCCAGUGAAGAAGCAGGUGUCACCUACAUUGGAGACACGUCACCCGAAUAUUCCCGUAGGGUGGACAAUGACCUAAGUGUCAUAAACAUACUUGAGGAAGCUAAGGAGCCCGUGUAGGGUUGUGAGCAUGUGGCUUACCAGCUGGUGUCAUGGGAAUAUUCGGGUCCAUAUAGUAUGAGGAGGACAACAGAAGGUGACCGGGAACCGUGUACCUGAGUCGUUAGCAGGUCUUGGCGCUGUGUGGCCUGUGCAGCGAUUUGCAGCUAGAAAACGGUGUUUGAAGCCAAAUGCUCUUAGUGGUGGUGGAGACACUGUCUGGCGCUGACGCGGGCGGAGCGUGUUAUAUGCGGUUCCUUUGAAAGUGUCUUGUCCCGGAAAGUGUAGAACGGGUGGCGAGUGCCCCUGGUGGCGGUGCCCACCGUGCCCGCUGGCCUUCAGGGUGAAGGAGGAAGCUCUUUUCCAACCACGCUGGGUGUCGUUCAUGUCUCCUUAGCGCAGAAUGGGCCUUUCCUGGAGCGUGGAUACACGGGGAGGCCGCAUGCUGGACCUCUGGCUGAUGCCACAUCCACCGGUAUCAGCCAAGCAUCUCCUCCAGGCCCCUGGGGCGACGGCUGAGGCUGAGGACGGCGCCCAGGCCCCCCGUGGUCUCUGUCUUCUCAGAGCAAGUGGGUUUUUGUCCUCAUGGCAAUAACAGUGGGCUUUCCUUUUGCUGCCUGUCUGUUCUUCCGUUGCUCCCCGAUCUUCAGUUCCUAAGUGAGGCAGGAAGAGCUGCUCGUGUUGAUCUAACCAACCAUGCUCGGGCCCUGACAGGCCUUCCCCUUGCCACUCUGACCCAGGGGAUGCCCGCAGGCUGGGCUGCUCUCCUGUAGGCACUGGGAUCUGGAGCCUCAGACCGGGCUGGGGCAAAGGUGGCUGGAGCUGGGAAGCACAGGGCAUGCCCAGGUGACAGACACAAAACCCCAGAGCAAAGAGGAGCCCACCACUCCCCACAGCACCUGGCCCUAUGGAGAACAGAGAAUGUAGUCCACCCCCGUCAUAUCUCCUCUUGAAAGGAUGGCGUAGCUGGCAUGCAAAGAAAAGGGCAGCUGUGGCCUAGUGUUCUUGAGCUUGAUCCUUGUCACUUCUCAAAUCUCACCUGUGGACAGUGGGGGCAGCGCCUGGGACACAUGAGCUUGUGACUGAGAGGGCCCCACUGUCGGGCUUGCUCUUAGCACAGUCCAGGGACCUGGCCACCCAGGCCUAGGCUUCUUUCUGAAAAACAGGCAAAGCUUUAGCUUUUAGAAAACAUCAGCUAUGUGAUAAAAGGAAUCCAGCCCCAGACUCAGUUUCCUGCCCGGCCUUAACCUCAUGCUGAGUUUGUCCCCGUUAGUGUCCACUGUGGCCUGGGUGGGCUGUCGGUGGGGGAAGGAACUCCCCUUUGGACAAAGGCCAAGGGACAGGGAGCCCAGUUGGCCCUUGUGGAACGACACUUAGCCCCAUCAACCCCCUGGCUCUCAUUUUAUGAGCAGUUUUAAAGACAAAGUGAAGACCCUAUCCCGGUGGGGCUGCACAAGGUGUGUCAGAGCUCUGGACCCCCCAGCCCUCUCCGAUCCUGGGUCAGAAGUGAUCUUCACCCCGGGGAUCCACGGUGGAGUCACUGAGGCAGAGCCAAGGACAGGGCUCCCAGGCGAGGGCCUGUUCUGCCCACAGCUCUCUCGCCUUCCACAGUCCCGAGUGCCUGCUGAUCGGUCUCCUUUGGCAACAAGGGAGGAAGGCGAGGGAGGCAAAGGGCAGCUCCUCCUAUUUUCCAUAACAAAUCAGAGGGUCUCCCAGGUCUGCAGUCCUCCCCUUCCGCCAGUGCACGAGCCCCUCGCAUGCCCAUCUCCUCUCCCCCACAGGGUUUGCCUUGUCCUGAAACAUUCCAGACCAAACACUGUUCAGUUUGUUUCCAAAAGAAAAACAAUGUACAUACCUGUGUGGGAUCCGGCACUCUUCUGGGGGCACCAGACCUGUGUUGGGGCUGCAAGUGCACUGGACCUUUGUCAGAGGCAUUCCGAGCCUUUGGUUUUCAGAACUGAAAAAGGUUAAGAUGAGAAAGCCGAACUGGGUAAACAGAUUUGUAAAGGAGGGGUUCAUUUCCUGGUGGCUCCAAGGACAUUCGUGUGCAGACAAGUUCGCCUGAAAACCUCAACUCUUGGGUGGCAGGAAUGUGUGAGGAGGAGGACAAGACCUUCAGCCCCUCGCUGGGUCCCAUCUUGGUGCACAGGGCCGGCCUGCUGCAAAGUCCGCCCUGCAUGCUGGCCACAGCCUGGCCUGCCUCCUGCCCCAGCAGCGGCCCCACCUCCAGAGUCAUCCAGAGGGAGUUCACCCUUUCCAGACUUCCCUGCCACCUCCAGCGGGAGCAGCAAAAGCUUGUGGCUUCUGCAAACCUAAUGGCUGUGCAUUUGGAAGCUGAACACCCAGCAUGUGGCUGCCGAGUCUGGUUUUGUGGACAGAGCAAACUGGAAUGGCUUUUCGGUGUCUGUAUCUGUCUUUCUACACCAAAGGGUCAAACUGUGGCACUCGCCCUCUGUACUAAGGCUGCUUCUGCAUUCACCUGUUUCUAACCUUUUUGUCUCCGGGGAACUUCUCAUGUGAUCUUUAUGUCAUCUGAUGAUUUGCUGUAUUAUUUUACUUACAGGUGAUUUUAUCUUCAUGGGAACAGGAAAAAAGAAAAUGAGAGAAGGGUUUGAGGCUUUAGUCAUAGAGAUAGCACUAGGGAUGCAGAAGCCCCAGACAUGAGUUAAGCUGAUUCUUAGAGGAAAACCUUAGUUUGGAGAGAUUAGGGUUCCUGACUCCCCAGAAGCCCCUGUCUUGGGAGACCGGACCCUGGGCAGAGUCGGCAGCCAGGCUGUGAGAAGCAAGGAGAGGCUCAGUUCUGAGGUCUUGCAGCACCGAAGCCUGCUCCUCUCCGUCCAGGGCACCUGGCUGUUCAGGGGUGACGUGCGACAGUGUCCCAAUGUCAACAGAAGCCGCAGCAUCCCAGCAGCAUCUUCACCUGGAGAUGUUUCAGAGAACAAUAUUUACCUUAGUCCCACGCUCAGGUGAGAAGGCGUCAAAGGUACAUUCUGCCCAGAAUCCACAUCGGAACAUUUCCCAAAUUGGCGUUUGCAGCGACACAUAGUCUUCUGGCCCUUCUUCUGACACCCACCCCUGCCGUAAGCAUGUUUUCCAAAAGCUUACAGUGGUGAAUCCAGGAACGACCCCGGGUUACUAUUACCAGGCUUGCAAUUGGUUCAAUUUUCCCAUAAAAACAUGCCUGUCCAAAAGAAGAGAAAUGUGCAUUUAUUCCGUGCAUGUGAUAAACUCUGCAAGAAGUUUAACGCCAGAGGUUUGCGGCACUGCACAACUGUCCAUGGGUCUGUGUAGCAAUGAUUCUCUGCCUUGACAAUCAUGUAUACAUAUCAAGGUUUCUGUCAUAAUGAUGAGAUUGACGACUUCUUGUUUUCCUCCAAUAAAGACAGUUAAUCACCCUCA